AAGCGAAUUUAAGAGAAUAAUAAAAACAAAAACAACUCAAUAAUGGAACCUUUCUACAUGAUUCUAUCUCUUGUCUUCCUCUUCAUCUCUCUGACGUUCUUGUUCGGAACACGGCGGCGCAAAUUAAACCUACCGCCGAGUCCAGCUCGGCCAUAUCCUAUUAUAGGACACCUCCACCUCCUAAAGCUGCCGCUCCAACGGAGCUUUCUCUCUCUCUCCAAGUCACUAGGCGGCGCCUCCAUUUUCUCACUCCGCCUAGGCACUCGUCUUGUUUAUGUUGUUUCUUCUCACUCCGUAGCCGAGGAAUGCUUCACCAAGAACGACGUGGUUUUUGCGAACCGGCCGGAGUUUCUUUUCGCGAAACACAUCGGGUACAACUCCUCCACCAUGGUCAGUGCGGCUUAUGGUGACAGCUGGCGCAACCUCCGUCGUAUUGGCGCCAUUGAGAUCUUCUCGUCCAUUAGGGUCGAUAGCUUCUUAUCCAUCCGUAAAGACGAGAUCCGACGGCUGAUAUUAUGUUUAUCGAAAAACUCCCUACAAGAACCUGCGAAGGUGGAGCUGGGAUCAUUGUUCAUGGGUUUGACGAUCAACAACAUCAUUAGAAUGUUGGCCGGAAAGAGAUAUUACGGCGAUGGAACAGAGGACGACGAUGAGUCAAAACACGUUAGGGACUUGAUCGCCGAGGUGAUUGCUGCCGGCGGUGCGGGGAACGCUGCUGACUAUUUCCCGAUUCUUUGUUGGUUAACAGAUUAUGAGAAACGGGUCAAGAAGUUAGGCGGUCGGGUUGACGAGUUUUUGCAAAGUCUAGUGGAUGAGAAACGUGCGGAGAAAGUAAAGGGUAACACCAUGAUUGAUCGCUUGCUUUCUCUCCAAGAAACUCAGCCUGAGUACUAUACCGAUGUCAUCAUCAAAGGAAUCAUAGAAGUUAUGAUACUUGCUGGGACUGAUACAUCAGCAGCAACGUUAGAAUGGGCGAUGUCGAACUUGUUGAACCAUCCAGAAGUAUUGAAAAAGGCAAAGACCGAAAUCGACGAGCAAAUCGGUUUAGACCGGUUAAUAGAGGAACAAGACAUUGUAAAACUUCCUUAUCUCCAGAGCAUAGUGUCAGAGACAUUACGACUUUAUCCUGUGGUUCCAAUGCUUCUCCCUCAUAUGGCGUCAAAAGAUUGCAUGGUGGCAGACUAUGAUGUCCCACGUAAAACAAUCUUAUUGGUGAACGUAUGGGCCAUACAUAGAGACCCAAAGAUGUGGGAAGAGCCGGAGAAGUUCAAGCCAGAGAGGUUUGAGAAGGAAGGUGAGGAUAAGAAGUUAAUGUCAUUUGGGAUGGGACGACGAGCUUGUCCUGGAUUAGGGCUAGGUCAGCGGCUAGUAACGUUGGCUUUGGGUUUGUUGGUCCAGUGUUUCGAGUGGGAGAGAACCGGAGAAGAAUAUGUGGACAUGACAGAAGCUGCGAAAGGAAUCACAAUGCAUAAGUCUACGUCGUUGGAAGCUAUGUGUAGAGCUCGCCCCAUUGUGGAUAAGAUUUUAGAUGCUUCUAAUUCUUGUCCAUAAACUCCAUCUUCAGAAUCUUGUUACAUUACUCGUCUCAUUGUCCGAAGGCUCAUAAAUUUCUCUAGGCGAGACUCAACCUUACUAGACAUUUUUAUAAAGGUUUUCAAAAUGUUUGUUCAAUCAAUGUUAGUAUAAAGACAAUAUGUUGUGACACAUGCAAUGACGUCUAACACAUCACAUGAAAGUUCGCACGUGUCAUGUGCUACACA